CAGGGUGUGUCAUCACUUGACUGACGAGUAUACCUGGUGUUGCAGGCAGCCAGGGUGUAGAGCUGACGGGAGGUAUACUCUGCUUGUACACUCUCAAGAACCCCAGCUUCCCUGAGCGUAUCCUGUACACACCCUCUGCUGUCACCUCAGUACACUUCCACCCUUCAAGGACGAGUGUGGUGGUGUGUGGGAUGACUGACGGGGUCGUCAUGUCCGUGGACGUACGACUCCCGCACGACCUACGCGUCAUCACCUCCGACGCCACGGCUGGCAAGCACCUGCUGCCAGUGUCUCAGGUGAGGUGGGUGCCAACGGAGGUAGGUCAGCCGCUGUGCUUCUACUCUGUGUCUGCUGACGGACGAGUGUCAGAGUGGGGAGUGUUGUCUACCAGCCUCUACCACACAGACAUUCUGGACUUCCACUAUCGUCCUUACCGCACUAAACACUCCACCACCAGCCUCCAUGGCACAGCCACAUGCAUAGCCUUCAACCCACAAGACAAGAGCGUGAUGGUAGUGGGCGUGGACACGGGGUCAGUGUUGCAGGUGAACACGGCGUCCACCGUGCACGCCCUCACCCACUACCACGCCCACACUGGCCCGGUGAGAGCAGUAGCCUGGAACACCUACCACCACAAGGUGUUCGCUACCUGCUCCCUCGACUGGUCACUUAAGGUGUGGCUACAGUACCACACGUCACCUCUGGUGAGCCUUGACUUAGGUGCCCCGGUGGCUGGCCUGGCCUGGUCGUACUUCAGCAGCAGUGUUAUUGUUGGGGUGACGGACGAGGGUCGUGUCUACGUGUACGACCUCUUCGUCCGCAAAUGUCGCCCUCUGUGUGUGCAGAAUAUUCUGCAAAGACGUCGUUCUGCUCUCUCCUGCGUCGCCUUCAGUCCCUUCUACCCCGUCAUUCUGGUGGGUGGAGAGAGAGGAUACCUUCUGACGCUGAAGUUGUCGCCCAACCUGAGGAGAAACCACAAGACCAGAGAUGAACUGAGCCCGAGGGAGGCAGAGGUGUGUAAGAUGGAGCGUAUCAUCGCAACCACCAGGAGCAAACUCAAGUAGGGGCACACACUACUGAGAGCAAGUGCUCUGAGAGUUACAGAACUCUGGCACUGGCACUGGCACUGACCUGCACUUCAUGGUAAUCUUGUCUGACAGAAAAAAAAUAUUAUGACACGCUCGACAUAAGCGCCAAAUUUGGUACAGACUUUUCUUUGGACAUAAAAUCAUUGAAGAGCGGAUAACCCAUUAAUUCCUCAUGGCUUUUUUAAUUUUUGAAUGGCCGCUAAAAAGACAUAAAUAAUACACUUUUGCUGGGGUCCAGUCCCUGGACCCAUUAUGUACCAAACUAAUAAAAAAAGCCAAACAACUGUACUACUCCAGCAGAUUCACUGACACAAGAGGAGAUAUAAAAAAACCUGGAAAACACUUUCCCAGAUUCUGGGGACCCACAAACUAAAAAAACCUAAGAAUAUU